AUGAUGUAUUCAAAUUCUAAACAAUCAUAUCCCUUUUUAUUUGUAGUACUAUUGGCAGCAUGCUGUUUGAGUAUCUAUAAUGUGGUGUCGGCAGCACUACCACCAAGCAAUCUAGUCAUGUAUACGAUUGACCAACAAACAUUCACUACCUUUAAUAUGACGGUUAUCAACAUUACAAGUGGAGUCGUCAACUCUACCACGCUACCUAUUUUGCAGAAUAAUAUGUGGUUUGGUAGAUUCUUGGGUGUUGAUAAUAAUGAUAAUUUAAUUAUUCUAAUUGGGAAUAAUAAAGGUGCGAAUGCGUUGGCAACCAUUUCACAAUCAGGAAAGUUAUUAAAUGAUCCAGUUAAUCGUAAUGCUGUCUAUCUUGUAGUAGGCAGUGGUCCUCAAUUAUAUGUCUAUGACUUUGCCAAUUCAUCCACUGAUGAUAUCCAACUCACAAUACCCGAUCAACAAUCAACGACCUCCCCCACUGGUUGUUUUGAUGGUGUAGAUAACUACUACUUUAUGCAAGCCGACAACACGUUUAGCCAAUUUUUAUUGUCUAGUUACUCUUUUUCCGAUCAAAAGCAACACGAUACGUUGAAUGUCACUGGUAUUGCACCCAACUCUUUAACCUAUCUUUUCAGCGCCAACAAACAAGUCUAUGUACUAGGUUACAAUUUAUCGCAGACUACCGACAUGUCAUUGUACCUUUUAGAUACCGAUCAAGCCACUGCCACUCUAUCAUACAGUGACCAAAAUACCGGACUUGCUAUCGGUCUUUCAAGCUAUGUUUGGUUUAGUGACAACUACUUUGUCUAUCUCUCCAUGUCAUCAUCAUCAUCGACCAACCAAUACUAUUUGACCACCGUCGACCUCAACACCAACCAAGUUAUUUCACAUUCCCAAGUUCAAGGGACAUUUAAUACCAAUCCCAAUAUUUCAGGUGUCUAUUAA